UUGGAGAAGCGUGCUAAGAAGGUGAUUGAUCGGAGAACCACCACCACUUCCACCACGGAAGCCUUGCAGGCGUGGCGUAGAACCAUUUACGAUACGGUGGUAGAGUUGGUCCACCCAACGGUCGUUGCCGGUGUGACUUUUAGCGCCAAGCCGCCAGCCACCACCGAUGCCAUGGCGUUCUGGGUGUCGUUGAACAAGGAUGGGACGCCAAAGACGAUUAAGCCUAAAAACAAAGGUGGGAUCAUCAAAAACUCUUCUCCAGGCUAUUCCACGUGGUUUCAGACUCCAAUGACCACCACACUCAGCUUCGAGGAGGUCAAGGCUCACAACAUGCUGCCAGAUGAGAAGCACGUGGAGGUGAGCUACACGCCAGAGGACGAGACCUAUGUGCUGUUGAUCCCGAUCAUCCGUUGCACGCCUGAAAGAUACUUCAAGAAAGGUGUCGCAAAGAAUGUGGUGUCGGCACCUUUCUGUACCCCGCAACAGGACGUACAAUGGCGCACGGAGAAGACGUACUUCCUCACGUGGUACUCCAAGUUCUUUAAUACAGAUGUCACCAAUGUUAGGGUCCAUUUGGCGUAUAUCACAGAGACGCGUUCCGAAAAGGGCAUGGCCAAGCGUGGUAUUAUCGACCAUAAGGACGCUGACGUGGAAGACAGACCGAUGACUGGUAUUGCCAGUGCCUUCUACUCGUCCUCAUGGGUCAGAAACCAGGACGGGAUUAUCCCAAUCUAUAUUGACGAAAAGUGGCUAGUCAACACGUACUCCUAUUCCAAGGUGAUCAUUGGUAUUCAGCCGGACGACAUGUCAGACGAGGAUUUCGACUUCCAUACCAACAGCAUCAAGGUCAACAUCUCCAAGACUGCCAAGGUGGCUAAGAACCCGAAAGGGGUGCUCAAGGAAGAGAACAAUUCAGGCGAUGACGUCUAUUACAUCAUUAUGGCUCUUCCUACCGUGGUCAUCCUCGCGGCCCUCGGCAUGUAUGUUUUCCUCUGGAUGACCAAGGGCGACAGAGACCUCUCGCACUUGAAAAAAUACCGCGGCAAGUUCCAGAAAGUUGGCAGAAACAAAAAAUACGAUAAGUUGCCACAGUUUGAG